AUGCAGCUGUCGGAUACACACCGCGAAUGCGAGAACUCCAGGUGGCGUACUCAGGUCGCUACUGCUCACCGGUGGUCUGUGUCCUCUUCCGCGUUCCCCAUAGACCCGUAUAAUGCCGAAGCUGGUGUUGCUUUGCCGUUACCUACCAGUGACACGAGUUCUCCUGUUCACAAUCCAACAGCUGCAGAUGAGCAAGUAAAGACCUUCGAGUGUCACAGUCAGCGGUUUUCGGAUAGGCUAAGCUUCCCUCGAGAUGACAAGGGGCGCGUUUAUCAAGGUGGUGCUGCUUUCGCUCCCAACCACGCAUGGAACCAUUCGGGUAGUGGUGUACGAAGCUCCACUUCUCAGCUUGCUAAGGCCCCUGACAGUAACGAAAGUCAAGGAUCUACAAUAACGCUUGAGGAGAGUUUGAACACAACCGCUUGUACUGUUACUCCUCGGCCUUCUAUUGGUCAAAUAGACCAAGACAUAGACCAGUCCAACGGGGAUAUUGCUCAUAUGCCUCAUACUUCAAGUAGAUCACUGACUGGCUGCGAGCUGUUCCCCGAGACGCAUAAUGAUUUGCAGAUCGAAUACAAGAUGUACUUGAAACGACGGCUGGAGGCAGUUAUCCGUGGAGUUUGGAACUGGCGUUCUGAGUCAGUGAAAGACUUUUCAGAACAUCAUGAGAAGCCUUUUUCGGCUGAAGUUGCACAAAAUGCAAUGUUGAAUGGGUUCACGCCUUACGUUCUGAUGCACUAUGCAUCCACUACAGGAGUAGAGGAAAGUCUGAAACCAUUGGAUAUGUCUGUUCCCGGCAAAAGAAACAUUCCUUUUUGCGGUUUCUCGCAGGAGUUUGUAGAUUCCUUGUGCAGCGGCAUAGGUCACGGCAUGAUGUACUAUUCAGUGAUUCCAGGUAGUGUAUUUCCAAUUCAUUGCGAACAAGGUGGUCUCGGGGCAUUCAAUUUGAUUGUUGGAGCUCUAAUGUCCUACACUGAGCAUUUGUUCCCUUGA